UCAGUUCCUCACCUCACAACUCCCCUCAUCCCUCUCUACAGUGCGAUCUGCCCCCCUCGGCUGGAGGCUCAGGUUUAUCUGGAAUCAAGGUGAAAGCCAUUCAGGAGCCGCGCGCUAUAAGGUGAAGGAACGGUCCGUCACGAAGCCGGGGGGAGAGUGUGCGAUAAGGACUGGGUACGGGGUUCGACUUUUUCUGCGUCAAUUCUGAUUUGAGGGGCGAGCGGGAAGCCAUGUCUAUAUUCUCAGCUCUCGGGCUGCUCUUGCUGUGCCAGCUUUUGGCAUCAUCUCCAGCCCAGAGACCCGGCCCACGAGGAGCAGUCGGGCCGCCAGGACCCCUGGGACCGGCAGGGAAGGAUGGUACUGACGGCAAAGAUGGCCCUGCUGGACUUUCAGGGAAAGCUGGACCCAAGGGGAAAGCAGGCGGAGCAGGAGGACCAGGGAACCCAGGCCUGCCCGGCCUCCCAGGGGUGGACGGAUUGACAGGUGCUGAUGGGCCUGCAGGGAAGGACGGUCCUCCAGGGGAGUUGGGCGAUGCUGGACCUCCCGGGCCAGGUGGACCUCCUGGCAGAGGGAGACCGGGAGCUCCAGGGCCACCAGGAGCCAAUGGGCUUGCGGGCGGAAUCGGGCCACAGGGACCAGCAGGCCCUGAGGGUCUUGCAGGAUUGGCUGGGCCACCCGGCCCUGACGGACCCCCAGGUCUUCCUGGGGCUCUCCCUGAUGGCAGUGGAGAUCUGUUGUGUCCUGCCAUCUGCCCUCCUGGCCCCUCCGGCCCUCCAGGAAUGCCUGGAUUCAAGGGUCACACAGGACACAAAGGAGACAAGGGAGAGCUCGGGAAAGACGGAGAGAAGGGUUAUGCUGGCCCAUCUGGUCCUCCGGGUAUUCCCGGCACUGUGGGCCUGCAGGGUCCUCGUGGUUUGAGGGGACUUCAGGGCCCGAUGGGUGCAGUAGGAGACAGGGGUUUACCUGGUUUCCGAGGCAAACCUGGUAUUGCUGGCAUCAUCGGCAAGACAGGUGAUGUUGGAGAGAAAGGACCAGAGGGAUUUAGAGGGCCAAAGGGCGAGAUUGGCAAAAUUGGUCCAAAGGGAGUUCCCGGGGGAGCAGGACCCAAAGGGGAGCCUGGCAUCCCCGGCAGAGACGGGAAAGAUGGCACCCAGGGACUGGACGGCGAGAAGGGCGACGCCGGACGGAAUGGGGUACCCGGUGAGAAAGGACCCAACGGCCUUCCUGGUUUACAAGGAAAGGCUGGCUCAAAGGGAGCCACAGGAGGAGUUGGCGACCCAGGAGAGAUGGGAGAGGCAGGGCCGUCUGGAGAGCCAGGUAUUCCUGGCGACAUCGGUAUCCCAGGAGAGAGGGGCGAGGCGGGAACCAGAGGAGUGGCUGGGGGCAUCGGACCAGUGGGCAACAUCGGGGUUCGGGGCAGCAAAGGCUUCCAGGGAAUAAAGGGGUCUCUGGGGGACCCUGGCCUUCCCGGACCAACCGGAAUCCGCGGCGGAUUUGGUGAGAGGGGUCCAGUCGGAGCAUCAGGCCCUAAAGGAGACGUGGGUGUGGCAGGAGCUGAUGGUUUGCCCGGGGAGAAUGGAGAACCUGGUCCAUUCGGUCCAGUUGGCCAAAAAGGAGAGUCUGGGAAGCGUGGAGAGCUGGGACCCAAGGGCGUGGUGGGACCACAGGGAGAGCUCGGAGCCAGAGGGGUUCCUGGGAAACCAGGCCUCAUGGGCUUUCAGGGUGAACAGGGUCUGUCCGGAAUCGCUGGCAAGAUUGGUGUUCCCGGUAAACUGGCAAGCGAACAGCACAUCAGAGAAUUGUGUGGAUCUAUGAUUGAUGAUCAGAUUGCAAAGCUGGCUUCCAACCUCAGAAGACCCCUGUCCCCUGGCCAAGUGGGUCGCCCCGGCAUUGCCGGACCUACGGGGAAACCAGGCGAGACUGGGUCUAUCGGUCACCCCGGCUCCCGUGGACCUCCUGGCUACAGAGGACUGCCUGGAGACCUGGGAGACCCAGGUCCCAGAGGUGAUCUUGGUGAACAGGGUGACAAGGGACCCAUUGGAAAAGCCAUCGAAGGGCCCAUUGGAGACCAAGGAUACCAAGGUAUCCCAGGAGUAUUUGGAAUCGUCAAAGACGGGCGUGACGGAUCCCCAGGAGAUCCAGGAGAACCCGGAGAGGCAGGUAGGACAGGAAGGACCGGGCACUCGGGCUCCCCAGGAAUCUGCGACACUACCGCCUGCCAGGGGGCAAAUGUCCAUGCGAAAACCUCCAAUCCCAAGAACCAUUAAACAUUACUUCCCUCAUCCCGGAACUAGCCACCCCUGGGAGGAGAAAAUAUGAGGAAGAGAUGGAGGAGAGGAGAGAGACGAGUCACAUAAUGUCCUCUUUAAAUGUAUUUAAAACAAGACGGGAACAGUAGCAACAGAUUUAUUUUGAGGAAGAGAAGAACAUCCCAAGAGUGUUAAAAGAAGGAAAACAGCAGUUUGGGAAAACAAAGAAACAAACUGAGACUAAAAAUCUAGACUCCACCCAUCCAUGAAGUGGACAAAGCUGAGUAAACAUUUCACAAGAGAGUUAGAAAACACCAGCAUUGCUCCAAAUACCAUCAACAUUUUUUUUAUUAACAACUGAAAACAACUUUACUGGAAAAGUGCUUAUAGGCCAUUAUUUUUCAAAAUCAUUUAUGUGUGUAAAAGUAUGUACUUAUGUUCUUUCACUCCCUAAACAUCUUGCGUCACAUACCCCCCUAUGGAAGAUAACUCUCCAAAACACUACAACCGUGAUUGUCCUUGCAGUGAAUGUGUAUGUGUCAAGGUCCUUUCUGCAUAGACCGCGGGUGUUACCUCACAAGACAAGCUUAUGAUAUUGUAAAAUAGGAAGAUAUGUGCCAGUGAGCAAAGUGAAGUCUGCCAAGGAGCUUUGUGUGUAUCGCAAACAGGCAAUGAAGAAACCUAAGUGCCCAGAUAUUUUGGAUAUUGAUGCAACCACAGUAUUUUCCAACUCUUGAUAGAUUCGUUUUUAUUUUAUUUAUCAGUUUGUAAAGUUUUUUUUUGCCAAUUUCCUUUUUUGUCUUUCGUUUCACUUUUCACGAUUACAUGUUUGAUUUUAAAAUCUCCCCUUCCAAUAUGUUUUGAAAAUAAAUACAGUUGUGGAUGCAUCAGAAAUUGUAAUUGUAGAAUAACACAAUUUGUGUUCUUUAUCUUUUUAAUUUUGCAAUGACCACAUCCACUAUAUACCGGUGCUGUAUCUAUUAAAUAUACAUUACUUUAAAUACUAUUUAUUAUUUGGGGGUGACUGUUGUAUGUACAGUAAGAUGCUACAGCACCAUGUAAAGAAUAACAAAUAAAGCCACUUUUCAGUAAAACAUUACUCUUUUCUACAUACAGUGCCUUGCAAAAGUAUUCAUCCCCCUUGGCAUUUUUCCUAUUUUGUUGCAUUACAACCUGUAACUUAAAUGAAUUUGUAUUUGUAUUUCAUUGUAAUGGACGUACACAAAAUAGUCAAAGUGAAGUGAAAAGUGGUGUGUGCAUAUGUAUUCACCCCCUUUGCUAUGAAGCCCCUAAAUAAGAUCUGAUGCAACCAAUGACCUUCAGAAGUCACAUAAUUAGUUAAAAAAGUCCACCUGUGUGCAAUCUAAGUGUCACAUGUUCUGUCACAUGAUCUCAGUAUAUCUACACCUGUUCUGAAAGGCCCCAGAUUCUGUAACACCACUAAGCAAGGGGCACCAUGAAGACCAAGGAGCUCUCCAAACAGGUUAGGGACACAUUACAGAUCAGGGUUGGGUUAUAAAAAAAGUAUCUGAAACUUUGAACAUCCCACGGAGCACCAUUAAAUCCAUUAUUAACAAAUGUAAAGAAUAUGGCACCACAACAAACCUGCCAAGAGAGGGCUGCCCACCAAAACUCCAAGACCAGGCAAGGAGGGCAUUAAUCAGAGGCAACAAAGAGACCAAAGAUAACCCUGAAGGAGCUGCAAAGCUCCACAGCGGAGAUUGGAGUAUCUGUCCGUAGGACCACUUUAAACCGUACACUCCACAGAGCUGGGCUUUACGGAAGAGUGGCCAGAAAAAAAGCCAUUGCUUAAAAAAAAAAAAAUGCAACCAUGUUUGGUGUUUACCAAAAGGCAUGUGGGAGACUUCCCAAACAUAUGGAAGAAGGUACUCUGGUCAGAUGAGACCAAAAUUUAGCUUUUUGGCCAUCAAGGAAAAUGUCUGGCGCAAACCCAACACCUCUCAUCACCCCGAGAACACCAUUCCUGCUGAUGAAAAACAUCAAGACUGGGAAACUGGUCAGAAUUGAAGGAAUGAUGGAUGGUGCUAAAAACAGGGACAUCCUUCCAGAGAUUUGAGACUGGGAUGGAGGUUCACCUUCCAGCAGGACAAUGACUCUAACCAUACUGCUAAAGCAACACUCAUGUUGUUUAAGGGGAAACAUUUAAAUGUCUUGGAAAGGCCUAGUCAAAGCCCAGACCUCCAAUUGAGAAUCUGUGGUGUGACUUAAAGAUUGCUGUACCCCAGCAGAACCCAUCCAAAUUGAAGGAACUGGAGCAUUUUUGCCUUGAAGAAUGGGCAAUAAUCCCAGUGGCUAGAUGUGCCAAGCUUACAGAGACAUACCCCAAGAGACUUGCAGCUGUAAUUGUUGCAAAAGGUGGCUCUACAAAGUAUUGACUUUGGGGGGUUGAAUAGUUAUGCAUGCAAAAAAAAAAUGGUGUGUCUUAUUUCUUGUUUGUUUCACAAUAAAAAUUAUUUUGCAUCUUCAAAGUGGUAGACAUGUGACACAACCCCCCACCCCCCCAAAAAAAAUAAAAAAUAAUUGCAGGUUGUAAGGCAACAAAAUAGGAAAAAAUCCAAGGAGGGUGAAUACUUUCGCAAACCCCUGUAUCAAGUUAAUCAACUGAAUGUUCAUGCCCGAAAACAAUCAGUAGAUAACACUAACCAAAAACAAGUAAAUUGUCACAUUUAUUUUUCAACUAUCCAAUAUAAACAGGGUAAUGUGAAAAACGGUCACAAUAAAAUACUAAACAACUUUUGAACAGAGUAUAUACAGAGUGUAGCAUCAUUGAACAAUAUACAUUUAGUGUAUUUACUGCAGCCACAAGUACUAAACAAACCUGUAUAAAACACAAAAAAAGAUUGUACAAAUUUUAGAAUUCAAAGAUGCACAUACGAUUAAGAAUAACUCAACUGAAAUGUAGUCAGUGGAUCACCACGUUUUCAUCAACUCUUCAAUGCUAGAGAAACAGUGCCACCUGUGCACGAUAUUCCGUAAAUCGCUCUUAUUUUGUUUGAAAAAGGUUUGUUGCCUCAGACUCACAAUUAUGUAAAGUUGUAUAAAAAACAUCUCUCCUUCAUUCUACAGUAACCUGAUCUAUAUGAGCCCUUGAGUGCUGUUAAACUUGCAUUGUAUUACCCAGGCCCUCAGUCAAAAUGUUGGUAUGUUACGUGGUCUGAAACUUAAAACUUUAACUAUUGUUGAGGUUUGGAAGUGAAGCUAAUUUGAAAUAUCAGUCGAACUAUCAGGACACUUUUUAUCACAAUACAAAUGUAUGAAAUCUGACAAAAAAUGAUGGCCAGAUGAAGAUGGAAAAUUACAUGUUUGAGUACAUGCCCUGUUAAGGGGGCUAAUAAUCACAUUGAGGUACAAUUAUAUUUCAUAUAAUAAAUAUAAUAAUUAUUAAAUAGGUGUAAUAACUCAGAAGCCGGCUGUACACGUAACGAUUUUGGCCACGAUUUAGCUGUCCCAGACAAGUGAGAUCUUUUUCAAAACAUGUCAUUGCACAUUUCACACUACAAGAGAAUUGCAGAUUUUGUGGCAAUCAAAUCAAACCUGGACGUCUGGGACUGCUCGGUAGCCCUCAAAUUGCAUCUUUGACCCACUCACAUUAAGCGAGCGUCACUGACGGCCGCACGCACUGAGUAAGGCAACGACAUUGGGGAUUUUUUCCCUAAUUUUUGUAAUGACUUGGUGCUGCCUAUCUUGGCCAGGACGCUCUUGAAAAAGAGAUUUUAAAUCUCAAUGAACCCUUCCUGGUUAAAUAAAGGUUCAAUUAAAACAUUUUUUUUUAAAUGAGUCUCCGAUCUCAAAAACUUGUCUGGGACAGCUAAAUCGAAGGCCAAAAUCGUUUAGUGUCCAUCCGGCUUAAGACGUUGUUUCACUGCUACGAUGCCUGUGGGUCGCUUGGUGGUUCUGCUGUCUCCUGGCAGACCAUGACCUGGCAUGAGACACUGCUCGGCUUCAUCCACUGACCAGUCUUACCACAGAAUGUGCUCUGGAAAUCCUGAGGGAGAGGAGAAAGUCACCACGGGAGAAUAGCACUCUAUGGCAGGGUUUCCUAAACUCUAUCCCGGGGCCCCUCCCGUGAAACCCUGUUCUAUGGUACCUCAGGACACUACAGCAGCCGCGACACAAAGAUGUGUCUGUUCAGGGCUUGACAUUCACUUUUUUUAGACACAAGUAGGCCAGACUGUUUUACUUGUCCAAAAGCUCAAUUAAUUUGCCCCCUCAAUCAGACACAAAUUUAAGCUACACUCUGCCUAUUGGCUUCUUCGCAUAUUCAAGCCUGUCUCAAAAUACAACACUGCCCCUUUAUUGCGACAUAAAAAUGACUUUAUAAAAUUACACACAAAGCUCCUCCCCCUGCACUCAGAACAACAAGAUAUGAAAGAUCACUUCUUCCACUCGCUAUAUGCUUUUUGAGGUUUGAUCCAAUAGAAUUGCUCAUGUGGACACCAAAACACGUUCAGACGUCGUUUUAAUGUAACAGAGGAUAACAUAACCUUUCUAACAAUAUCCUUUGUAUGUCUCACCUCCUCAAACUAAGCAAAGAGCAGAUGCCUAAAAUAGAGUAUGAAUGAACAUUGAUUCUGGAAAAUGAAUGCUCAGUUUGUUGCGCAAAGCAUUAGCAGCAUUUUAGCCAGACUGUUAGACUAGCAAUCUAGUCUGUGUUUUUAGAAAUGUGAGAAUAAAAAAAAAGUAUAUAAAGGAAUUGGCAACUCGUUCUCCUUCUGAGAAAUAAGGUAGGCCACUUGUUUUCAACAUCUGAACAAAGUGGACAGGCUAGCAUGCUGUUCAAGCAGUUUGAGGACAGAAGGGUGCAUUCAUAACAAUUAAACUGCUUUACGUUGUUAGCUAGCAAAUACUAGAUCCAAGUUGGCUAGACUUUAAAUAUAAAGAUUAGCUGGCUACUCAAUAGCACGUGGGUUUAUGCUUGAGAGAUUGUUCAUGAGACCUGUGCUCAUUUUCUACAAUGCCUGCUAACAGAAGUUGGUCAUUAUUAGUGACUGUGCAUUAUGCAUGGUUCUGGUUACAUUUGUAACAAAAAGGGCAUUGUCAUAGACUGACUUGAAAACCAGAUCAGUGAUUAUUGCAACAACAAAAAAAGCAGGGUACAUUUUGUUGAUAAAGUACAUUAUUAGUGGUGGUUCUUAUAUUGCGGAAGGCUGAUAUUUGGCCUAAGUAUAAUUUCACAAGUCCUGAAUUCAUUAGAUUAUUGCUGACUGUUUGAAAUGCAGUGUAUUUGAACGUUAAUUGUACAACAAAGCUUAUUUAAAGAUCAAAUCAAUAAACAGAGAUAUUGUGAGUC